CAAAAGCCUUCCAGAGAAGAGGACGUGGUGACUCUCAGUGUCUCGCUUCACACUGCUAAGCUGGCAAGAUGGCGUCGGAACCGAACAAGACUGAAAUUCUUACAGUUUUUAAAAGACUUCGCUCGAUUCCCACUAACAAGGCCUGCUUUGACUGCGCUGCUAAGAACCCGAGCUGGGCCAGUAUUUCUCACGGGGUUUUCCUUUGCAUCGACUGCUCAGGGAUCCAUCGUUCUCUGGGCGUCCAUCUGAGCUUCAUCAGAUCCACAGAGUUGGACUCCAACUGGAGCUGGUUUCAGCUGAGAUGUAUGCAGGUUGGAGGAAACGCCAAUGCGAUGGCUUUUUUCCGUCAGCAUGGCUGCACUACCAACGACACCAACGCGAAAUACAACAGCCGCGCAGCGCAGAUGUACCGGGAGAAGAUCAGACAGCUAGCCAAUGCCGCACUCUCUAAACAUGGCACUGAUCUGUGGAUCGAUAAUUCAGGAAAUCCUCCGACCCCAGCGCCAGAGAAGAAAGAAGCAGACUUCUUUGACGAGCACACUCAGGCUGGCAACAGUUGGGACAUGGCCUCUCCUUCACUGUCUGAGCAGAAUGGAACGGUCACAGUUACUCCUCAGCUGGAACAGGACGGCCCUAAAGCGUCAGAGUCCGUCCCCACCCAACUGGACGAGGGUCCCAGCAUUGAAGGACUGAACACAGAAGCAAAAGCCACUAUGGAUGACUCGAUGAGAUUGGCGUCUGAUGAGCCACAGCCUCUUAAAGAUGUGAGACCUUCUAUUAUCGGAAAGAAGAAGCCGGUUGCUGCAAAGAAAGGGCUCGGGGCUAAGAAGGGUCUCGGGGCCCAGAAAGUGAGCAGCAAGAGCUUCAACGAGGUGGAGAAGCAGGCACAAGUGGCCGAGAAGCUGCGAGAGGAGCAGGCUGCAGAGGCGAAGAAACAGGCUGACGAGUCAAUCGUGGCCUCAAUGCGCCUGGCCUACAAAGAGCUGGAGAUUGACAGGAAGAUGGAAGAGAAGAGGCUGCAGAACCUGGAGGGGAAGAAGAGGGAGCAGGCUGAGAGGCUCGGUAUGGGCUUAGGAACCAGGAGUGUUGUGUCACACUCUGUGAUGUCAGAAAUGCAGGUGAUUGAGCAGGAGACCCCCGUGAACUCAAAGUCCUCCUCUCGCUCCAGACUGGACAUGUUUGAUGAGCCCGGGUUUACCUCUGGACCACCAAAGUACAAAGACAACCCUUUCAGUACAGGAGACAGCUUUGGCUCACGGUGGGAUACUGAUUCAAGCUCCGCCUCCUUCUCCUCUGCCUGGGCUCUAGAAAAGGAGGAGCCCAAAGAGACUGAAGUCACCAUCUCCAGCAUCCAGCCAAUUGGGGAAAGGUUGCCCAGCAGAAGGAAGCCGGAAGCUUCCAUGCCCGUCGCAGAGUCCAGCGAGGCAAGGCAGAAGUUCGCUAAUGCUAAAGCGAUCUCGUCUGACAUGUUCUUCGGCCGUGAGAGCAAUGCUGAGUAUGAGGCCAAGGCUCGUUUGGAGACCAUGUCCAGCAGCACAUCUAUUAGCUCUGCUGAUCUGUUCGGGGACGGAAGCAACCGCUCAUCGGGCGGAGCAGGAUUCGAGAGUGUGCUUCCCUCUGGACCAGACAUGGCCCAGUUUAAGCAAGGCGUAAAGACUGUGGCUGGAAAGAUGGCCGUGUUGGCAAACGGUGUUAUGAACACCAUUCAGGACCGUUAUGGCUCUUACUGACAGGACUGCAUGACUUGAACAGGAAAGGAAAUGACAUCAAACAGGACAUACCACACUGCUGACUGGAUCUGGUUUUGUUUUUUUUUGUUUUUUUGUUUUUUUUCCUCUAAUGCAUUGUACCUGAAGCACAGAAGGAGAAAAUACAGAAACAAAAAGGACGGCACAACGCAGGACCUCCUUAUCCCUUCUCCCAGUCUGCCUACAGGCCUUUGUAGAUUCUCUCUCUCUCUCACACACACACACACACUCUGACUGACAGUAUUUCUUUCUUUCUUUUUGGAUUUUGUUUUUUUUAAUAUUUCCAGUAAGUCCUCAAAGAUGUAGAAAGUGUGUUUUUCAGAACCACAG